UUCGACACAAUGCAGAGUAGAAGCAUCUUAACAGCGGCUCUAGCCAUAGCGCUGGUAGUACUAGUUUCAGAGAGUUACGCCCAUAGGGUCGGGGGUGGUAAUUACGGGAAUUGUAUGAAGAGUUGCAGGGGCGCAUUUAGACCCUGUAAAAUAAAAUGCAAAAAUGCACCACCCCCAAUUCCGCCCACACCUCGUCCACCCCCUCCACCGCCUCCACCGCCUCAACGACCCCCAAUUCAGGUCCCACCUCGUCCGGCCGUUCCGCAGCCUCAACCACCUGUUUUAGGGAGAAAAUGUAGAUGGAGUCCGUAUGAUCGACCGAGAUUAGGUCAAUGUUCUGCAAGUUGCGGAGGUGGUACACAAAGAGUGACACUUAUAAGGUACAGGUUAUAUGGUAUGGCAGAAACAGGGGAUCCAGAAUGCCUCGGUUCGGAUAGAGUUGUUAGAACCCAAUCAUGUAAUAAUUGGCCGUGUCCCCCGCCCCCAACGCCGCCGGUGUAGAUGGAGUAACUAUGGCCCAGC